CCUAAUCCGCCCAAUUUGAGCGGCGGUCGCGACCACCCGGAUGAAGACCGCGAGAACGCGCCGCCCUCGGAUUUCCAUCCCAGCGCCUCGUCCGUGUCGUCGCUCGGCUCGCGCUCGGGCGCUCACGCCCACUUGGGUCUCCACGUUCCGGCCUCGGCCUCAGCGGCCGGGGGCUCGACCGGGCUCGGCCUGCCCGCUUUCCCCUCCAAUACCAAGCUCAAAGUCCGGAUUCGUGGCUGGAACGGCGUGUGCACGUGGAAGUGGGUGGCUAACGACGACACGUGCGGUAUUUGUCGCGUGGCCUUUGAAGGCUGUUGUCCGGAUUGCAAAAUCCCGGGCGACGAUUGCCCUUUGGUGUGGGGUCAAUGCACACAUUGCUUUCACAUCCAUUGUAUCAUGAAAUGGCUGCACAGUCAGCAAGCUCAACAACUCUGUCCCAUGUGUCGACAAGAGUGGAAGUUCAAGGAAUAGCCGCAGCCAUCAUGGCUGAGGCCACUUCCACGGUCGCGGCGGGCCUUACUAGGACUGGCUGGGUGACUAGUUGGGGGAUUGUGUUGUGUCUGAGCGGGUGGUGGGGGUGGGUCGGAGCAAAUCCAUCGUCCCUGGGCGCCGGAUCCAGCCCCUCUUGUCCAUCCAUCAAUGACUCCUUCAGUGCCGAGACGGUGCCCGAGUUCCGUACGGACAUAGUGCAUAAUGAAUUUAUUGUCAAGUUUUCCGGUUUCUAUGAAGAGACGGCCCGUAAAAACUAUAUAAAUGCGGCUUUGGCCGCCUUCGAUGGGCAUGGCUAUGAAAUUAUUGAGCGAACUAAUCCUAUGGCUCGAUAUCCCAGUGAUUUUGAUGUGCUCUCCGUGGCGGAUAAUAUCAUAUCCCAAGCCAUUGAGUCUUUGCAGUCGCAUCCGCUAAUCAAGAGCAUCACUCCUCAGCGCCGAGUAACGCGUACCUUGAAAGAAAUCCCCGUCGCCCCCGAGUCCAGUGAGUCCUCCCAUCCCUGUGAUAAUCCUCCAGACCCGUUGUGCACCCAGCAGACUCCUUGGACCAAAGGUCGUCGAAGUCUCAACUUUGGUUCGUCGUUCUGGAACUCUGUGGGUCGUCAUUCGAGUCGGCGAUUAUUGCGAGCGGUGCCCCGACAAAUUACGGCUGUGCUCCAGGCUGAUAUGAUGUGGGAGAUGGGGAUUACGGGUGCGGGUGUCAAAGUGGCCAUUUUCGAUACGGGCUUGUCCAAAACCCACGCUCAUUUCCGAAAAAUCCGCGAACGAACCAAUUGGACCAAUGAAAAGACCCUGGACGAUGGUUUGGGUCACGGCACUUUUGUCGCAGGAGUGAUCGCUUCUAGCUCAGAAUGUUUAGGAUUCGCUCCGGAUGCGGAGAUCCACGUUUUUAGAGUAUUCACCAACAACCAAGUGUCCUAUACGUCUUGGUUUCUCGAUGCAUUUAAUUACGCCAUCAUGAAGAAAAUACAUGUACUAAAUUUGAGUAUCGGUGGACCAGAUUUCAACGAUCUGCCGUUUGUCGACAAAGUAUGGGAACUUACCGCCAACCGUGUCAUCAUGGUUUCGGCCAUUGGCAAUGAUGGGCCUUUGUAUGGUACCUUGAACAACCCCGCCGACCAAAUGGACGUCAUUGGAGUGGGUGGGAUUAACUUUGACGAUCAAAUUGCCCGAUUCUCAUCCAGAGGCAUGACCACAUGGGAAUUGCCCACCGGCUACGGCCGAGUCAAGCCCGAUGUGGUCACUUACGGCAGUGCCGUCAGAGGGUCCAAUAAAGAUGGCGGAUGUCGGUCUUUGAGUGGGACGAGUGUGGCUAGUCCGGUGGUGGCCGGAGCCGUGUCUUUGCUCUAUUCGGGUGUCCUCCAUCGGGGUUCGGUCAUUAAUCCCGCCUCUAUGAAGCAAUGCUUGAUGAGCACUGCCCGAAGACUCCCGGGGGUUGGGAUUUUCGAGCAAGGAGCGGGCAAACUGGAUCUGAUUAAGGCUUAUCAGUGCCUCAAUUCCUACACACCGCAAGCCUCCCUUAGCCCGAACUACAUUGACAUGACAGAGUGCCAGUAUUUUUGGCCUUAUUGCACUCAGCCCCUUUAUUAUGGAGCCAUGCCCGUGAUUGUCAACACCACAAUAUUCAAUGGUAUGUCUGUGAGUGGGAAAAUCGUGGAACAGCCUGUUUGGCAUCCUUAUCAACCUCAAAAUGGAGAACUCUUGGAAGUCGCCUUCACUUAUUCGGAUGUGAUUUGGCCUUGGAGUGGAUAUUUAGCUGUUCACAUCACGGUCAAGAAGGACGGGGCGAAUUUUGAUGGUCUGGCCCAAGGUCAUGUCUCUCUUACCAUCGAAUCACCAAUGGAAGAAGGCGACCUGAUCCCUCGAGUCUCCAAUAUUCGAUUGCCAAUUCGAGCCAAAGUGAUACCAACCCCUCCCAGAGCCAAACGAGUCCUUUGGGACCAAUAUCACAACCUCCGUUAUCCCUCCGGUUACUUCCCCAGAGACAAUCUGAGAAUGAAGAACGACCCCUUGGAUUGGAAUGCGGAUCACAUUCACACCAACUUCAAGGAUAUGUACAUGCAGCUGAGGGCUUCUGGCUUCUUUGUCGAGGUCCUGGGUGUGCCCUUCACUUGCUUUGAUGCCUCCAAGUAUGGCACUCUGAUGAUUGUAGAUGCGGAAGAAGAGUACUUCCCCGAGGAAAUCAGCAAGCUCAAACGCGACGUUGACAAUGGGCUUUCGGUGAUCGUGUUUGCGGAUUGGUACAACGUCAGUGUUAUGAAAAAGGUCAAAUUCUAUGAUGAGAAUACUCGUCAAUGGUGGAUCCCUGAAACUGGGGGAGCAAAUGUUCCUGCUUUGAAUGAGCUUUUGUCCACUUGGGGUAUAGCGUUUGGUGAUACCGUUUUGGAGGGAGAUUUCACCAUUGGUGAUCACGACAUGUUCUACGCCAGUGGUACGGGCUUGGUCAGAUUUCCCAUGGAUGGGGUUGUCAUUACCCCUACCACUCUUAAGGACCAAGGUCAUGAAGUCUUGGGUACACCCACAUCUGUGGAAGAGAAUCCAAAGAUGCCCAUUUUGGGGUUAUACCAAAGUCAGGGCACCGAAAACGGCGGUCGCAUCGCAGUGUAUGGUGAUAGCAAUUGCAUCGAUAACGCCCAUUUGUCAAAGGACUGCUGGUGGUUAUUGGACGCCAUUUUGGAGUACACCAGCGCUGCUCACAUGCCGUCAGUAUUCUUGGACAAUGCGGGUGUUCCCGUGAAACCAGCAGAUGCCUUGCCUCAACGCAUGGACGGAAAUCUCCUCCAUCGAUACUCAAAAGUGCUCCAGAGCAAUAUUGGCGAUAAUCAGCACUCGGCCAAAAUUCUACCCACGUGCCCACACUUGAAAUGGGUUGCGGCUCACCCGCUCAAUCGUACGGCCCCUUCCAACUUAUACAAAGCUCAAAGGUUGCUGUCACUCAAUAUCGAGGCCCCCCUCCCUCCCUACCAUCGUCAAGAACUUCUCAAAAAAUCCGACGGAAUUGGUUUUGAAGUCGAUGAUUGGAUUGGGGCCCAGGACUCGCGGGUGUUCGGUAUUGAGGACCAUUUGAGUUGGACGAUGUUUUGGAUAUUCUGUUUGCUUUGCGGUGUCUGCUACGUCUCUUACAAGUAUUGUCGCACGCGGUUUAGAUUACGCCGGAGAAAACCACGCUUACCAAAGCUGAUGCCGGCCUUUCCGGGUCCCAGAAACAUUUGACCGUCAGAGUCCAUAAAUAAACUUAUCUUCUUUGAGAA